AUGAUACCUGUGCUUGGUGCAGCAAAGCGAAUUUUGAUGAUAAAAGCCAGCAUUCACGAUUUCCAGAAUGGAUGUCCAGAAAGCGAGAUUGAAAAUCCAAAAACAACAGCCAGAAUCACUGAGCCCAGCGAUGCAUUACCAGAUGUGAGUAGUUCGGUUGGCGUUCUAGCAGACGACCCGAGAAAUAUUGUCACUCUCAUCGAAGAAGAGUACAACGAAAUCUCACAAAAAAUUAUCGUGGUCGAUAACGCGAAUGCAGUCAGGGAUUGCAGCUUUCUUAUCGUUCAAAAUGCCUCGAGUAAGUUGCAGUGA